ACAAAGGUGUGGAAUGAGCAUUUGGCGGAGUAUUACACGCCUAAAAACUUUAAUUUUUGGUACUUCUUUGGCUCAUUAGCCAUGUUGGUGUUGGUUAUUCAGAUCGUCUCGGGGAUCUUUUUAACCAUGCACUAUAAGCCUGAUACGGCGUUUGCUUUUGCCUCGGUUGAAUACAUCAUGCGUGAUGUGCCGGGUGGGUGGUUCAUACGCUAUAUGCAUUCCGUAGGCGCUACGAUGUUCUUCAUUGUUGUCUACCUACACAUGUUUCGUGGUUUGAUUUAUGGCUCUUUUAAAGGUCCGCGGGAACUUGUGUGGCUGAUAGGUAUGGCGAUUUAUCUAGCGUUAAUGGCGGAAGCGUUCAUGGGGUACUUGUUACCAUGGGGUCAGAUGUCAUUUUGGGGUGCUCAGGUAAUUAUCAACUUGUUUAAUACCAUACCUUAUAUUGGUGAUGUUGUUUCAACCACUAUUCGUGGUGAUUUCGUUAUUUCUGAUCCUACCUUAAACCGUUUCUUUGCUUUCCACGUUGUUGCAGUACCUCUUGUUUUAGUGGGUUUGGUCUUUGUACAUAUCGUUGCUUUGCAUGUGGUUGGUUCUAACAACCCUGAUGGUGUUGAGAUUAAGAAAAAUAAAGACGAGAAAGGUGUUCCAUUAGACGGCAUUCCCUUCCAUCCUUAUUUCACUGUUAAGGAUAUUAUGGGCGUUGUGGUAUUCCUGAUUGUAUUCUUUGCU